CUUGUUUUUUUCUAGUUAUUGUAUCAUAUGUUUGAGGUUUAAGGUUUAAGGUAGUUGAUUUUUAGAUUAUGGUUGGUGGGGUUCUUUGUUGGAUGAAUAGAAAUGACCCAAUUUUACUAUAGCUGAAAUAAUUCUGAUUAAACAGUAAGCUCCUGUUUGGCCAUAGAUUUUGAAGUUGAAACUUGAAAUUUAUGCGUUUAAAGAUGUGAUUUUGGGAUUUGAAGUUGUAUUUGGACGUGCAUUUUACUUGGAAAAAGAUUGAAUUUUUGUUAGUAGAGGUACCAAAAAACGGGUUUGAGCUUGGUUUUGUAAACUUGAAAAUAUUUGAAGGUCAGAUUUUGAAAGUCUGGUCGAAUUUUAUGGUCAAAACGCUAGUUUAUGCUUAUGGUUCAAAAAAGUUUGUAUAUUUUGAUUUGGCUUUUUGCUGGCAAUAGAAUUCUUGAUUCAUCCAUUACCCAGUUUUAGUUUUUUGAGUUCUGUAAUAAUUUUACUACAGCAGAAAUACUUCUGAUUAACAUUUAGGCUUAUGGUUCAAACAAAUUUACAUUUUUCAUAUUUAAUCUUUGCUUUUUGCUGGCAAUAGAGUUCUUAACAAAUCUUUAAUUCUGGAUUAAAGUGGAGCUUAUAAUAGGUCUUAUCAUUUUCCUUUUCACCCAAGGUUGAUUCUUGCGUUAAAAAAUAAUAAUGAAAAUCAAAGCUUGAUUCUUGAGUUCAUAUAAAAAAUCAGUUUGCACUAGAAUUUGAGCAAGUCGCAUCGUAUCAUCAAGAAGAAUUGAACUGCAGAAAGUUUGCAUAGAUCCGAACACCAUUUAAGCGGAUGUAGACUGGACUGGCAUUUUCAAUUUGGCCAUCCGAUUGCGGAUGUGGCAGUGGAUUGUGGACCAUGACUACCUCUUACUCUGACUUCUAAUGAAACUGUGAUACUCAAUUUGUAAUUAAUCGCAAUCCAACUUGUUAAUCAAUAAAACUCCGAUAAAUUUUUGAACUGAUUAGUCUACUCAAUUUACUGUUCAUAAAGCUACUAAGUACUAGGUAAGACUGGAUCUAUCUGGCUAUACUGCGGUGAAUAGAGAGUGACAUUACUUCAUUUACUUGAUGUUUCUUUUUGAGUUUUCUUUUUACAAAUGAUAUUAUCGUGAAAACAGUUAAUUUGAUCAUAUUUCUAAUUCCGUAUAGCUCAUUAACUUUCACAUUGACGAAUCUCAUUAUGUUCAUACAAUUACUAACUUGAUAUUUUCCGGUUUCUGCAUCAUCUUUAUGGUUCAAUUGCUGGUUUUCACUUCUUGGAUAAAGUGCUUGCGGGGCUUGCCUUCAUGUUCUCGUCCAGCAUUUUGUUACAGAUCCUGGCUUGUGCUUUAUACAGCAAUUGGUGGCCAAUGUUAUCAGCUCUUAUGUACGUUGUGGUUCCCAUGCCAUGCUUAUUCUUUGGUGGUGGAUCCACACAGUUCCUAAUAAGUCGAGAUGGCGGGGGCUGGAUGGAUGCUGCUAAAUUCUUAACAGGGGCAUCAGCUGUGGGAAGCAUUGCCAUUCCCAUUAUUCUCAGACAUGCAGAUCUUAUCCAGACGGGAGCAAUGUUCAUCGAAUUCGUGUCAUUCUUCAUAUUUGUCUGCACAGUCAUGUGUUAUCAUCGCGCCAGUCUUGAUGACGAGUGGUGAUAUAAAAAUCGAGGUAUGGUUCCUCGACUGUAAUUACGUCGUGUGGUUCUAACAAACAAGAGAAAAUGCAAACAAAAGGGAGCUGAAAAGGAACCAAUGCUAGGAAAUGGAACUAGAAAUUUUAUUCACCAAUGUGUAUAAGUUUGUCAAAUGUCACAUUUAUAAUUUCUUGAUGUGAGAGUUAUUUUCUCUAAGUUUGAAACCUUUUGCUGAUGGAACAAAGAUCAUAUUUUUAGUUACUAUUUGCAUAGAUAGUUGCUAAUACAUCAUAAAUACUCAAUUCUGUGGAUGUUUCUUCUUGAA